UCUCCCCAGAAAUCCCUGGUCCAGGUUCCAGAGGAAUGUGAUAAUUCAUACGAGGGAUCGGUGUCCUUCAGGGAUGUGGCUGUAGAUUUCAGCAGAGAUGAGUGGCAGCAUCUAGACCUUGCUCAGAGAAACCUGUACCGGGAUGUGAUGCUGGAGACCUACAGUCACCUGCUCUCUGUAGGGUAUGAAGUUCCCCAACCAGAAGUUUUCAUGUUGGAGCAAGGAAAGGAGCCAUGGGCAUUGCAGGGUGAGAGCCCACAUCAGAGCUGUCCAGGAGAGAAGUUAUGGGACCAUAAUCAAUGUGGAAAAAUCCUCAGCUAUAAACAAGCACCCUCUCAACAUCAGAAAAUUCAUACUGGGGAAAUAUCUUACGAAUGUGCUGAAUUUGGAAAGAUCUUCACCCAGAAGUCACAGCUCAGGGUACAUCUGAAAGUUCAUACAGGAGAAAAACUUUAUGUGUGCAUUGACUGUGGGAAGGCUUUUGUAAAGAAGCCAGAAUUCAUUACACAUCAGAGAACCCAUACUAGAGAGAAGCCCUAUAAAUGCAGUGAAUGUGGAAAAGCUUUUUUCCAAGUAUCUUCUCUCUUAAGGCACCAGAGAAUUCAUACUGGAGAAAAACUUUAUGAAUGCAGUGAAUGUGGAAAAGGAUUCUCUUAUAACUCCGAUCUCAGUAUACAUCAAAAAAUUCAUACUGGAGAGAGACACCAUGAAUGCAGUGAUUGUGGCAAAGCAUUUACACAAAAGUCCACACUCAAGAUGCAUCAGAAGAUUCAUACAGGUGAGCGAUCCUAUAUAUGUAUUGAAUGUGGACAGGCCUUCAUCCAGAAGACACACUUGAUUGCACACCGAAGAAUUCAUACUGGAGAAAAACCAUAUAAAUGCAAUAACUGUGGGAAGUCCUUCAUUUCUAAGUCACAACUCCAGGUACAUCAACGAAUUCACACAAGAAUGAAACCCUUUAUAUAUACUGAAUAUGGGAAGAUGUUUAAUAAUAGUUCCAACCUUAUUACACAUAAGAAAGUUCAAAUUAGAGAGAAAUCUUCCAUAUGUACUGAAUGUGGUAAGGCCUUUACGUACAGGUCAGAACUGAUUAUACAUCAGAGAAUUCACACUGGGGAAAAACCUUAUGAAUGCAGGGAUUGUGGAAAAGCCUUUACUCAGAAAUCAGCACUCACAGUGCACCAGAGAAUUCAUACAGGAGAAAAAUCAUAUGUAUGCAUGAAAUGUGGACUAGCCUUCAUCCAGAAGGCUCACUUGAUUGCACAUCAAAUAAUUCACACAGGAGAGAAACCUUAUAAAUGUGGCCACUGUGGGAAAUCCUUUACUUCCAAGUCACAACUCCAUGUACAUAAACGAAUUCACACAGGAGAGAAACCUUAUAUGUGCACUAAAUGUGGGAAGGCAUUCACCAACAGGUCAAAUCUUAUUACACAUCAGAAAACUCAUACAGGAGAGAAAUCUUAUAUAUGUCCCAAAUGUGGAAAGGCCUUCACACAAAGGUCAGAUUUGAUUACGCAUCAGAGAAUUCAUACUGGAGAGAAACCUUAUGAAUGUGGUACCUGUGGAAAAGCCUUUACCCAAAAGUCACACCUCAAUAUACACCAGAAAAUUCAUACGGGAGAAAGACAGUAUGAAUGCCAUGAAUGUGGGAAAGCCUUUAACCAGAAGUCAAUACUCAUUGUGCAUCAGAAAAUUCAUACAGGAGAGAAACCUUACGUAUGCAGUGAGUGUGGAAGAGCUUUCAUCCGGAAAUCAAACUUCAUUACUCAUCAGAGAAUUCAUACUGGAGAGAAACCUUAUGAAUGCAGUGAUUGUGGGAAAUCCUUCACCUCCAAAUCUCAGCUCCUCGUGCAUCAGCCAAUUCACACAGGAGAAAAACCAUAUGUGUGCGCUGUGUGUGGGAAAGCCUUUAGUGGCAGGUCAAAUCUCAGUAAACACCAGAAAACUCAUACUGGAGAAAAGCCCUACAUCUGUUCUGAAUGUGGGAAGACCUUCAGACAGAAGUCAGAGUUGAUUAUACAUCAUAGAAUUCACACUGGAGAGAAACCUUAUGAAUGCAAUGACUGUGGCAAAUCUUUCACUAAGAAAUCACAACUCCAAGUGCAUCAGCGAAUUCACACAGGAGAAAAGCCUUAUGUAUGUGCUGAGUGUGGGAAGGCUUUCACAGAUAGGUCAAAUUUGAAUAAACACCAGACAACACACACUGGAGACAAACCUUAUAAGUGUGUAGUCUGUGGGAAAGGCUUCGUCCAGAAAUCUGUGCUCAAUGUCCAUCAGAGUAUUCACACUUGAGAGGAAUGGUAUGAGAAAACCUCAGUGAGAUCAGGUCUGAUUUUACAUCAUUGAAUUUGUUCAGAAAAAUAUGCAUAUUAUCAUAAGUAGAAAUACCCCAUCAAAAUGUCACACAUUACUGUACAGAAAAGAGCCUUGAAUGAAGGGGGCCCUUCCCACAUUGUCACUACCUUCAUUAAGCCUUGAGGCAUUCAUACUGGAAGAAAAAGUAAUUUUGUCAAUUUGACAGAUUAGAAGAAGGCUUCUCACCAAAAAUACGAUGGAACAGGGACGCCUGGGUGGUUCUGUCGUUUGAGCAUCCAGUUCUUGACCUCGGCUCAGGUCUUGAUCUCAUGGUUGUGAGUUUGAGCCCUGCAUUGGGCUCCAAACUGGGCAU